CUAGCCACUAGCCAUUGUUAGAUGACCACUUAAGUCCAGCACACACACACACUACACUAGGGUGGAGAGAUGCUCUAGUCAGUUCAGUUGAUUUCAAAAAAGUCAGAGUAAGGCAGCCUAAGCAAGCUGUUGUCUCUCCUCGCCUUUUGUUCGCAACCCAACCUCGGACUCUCUGAAUUUUUCUCAAGCUUGAAAUUGAAAGAACACGCCAAGGUUAUUUCCCUCCAGCUUCCUAGAAAUGAAAGUGAUUACACUUUUGAAACCAAGCCAGAAACAAAUAGCAGACUACUAUUGUCUUGCAAACUCUCCAAGUCCAUUGUGAGCUUGCUUGUGCCCAUGGUUGGUUUAACUUGUCCUAUCGGUGAGACACAAUUGAUUCUGGGUGCUUGUGCCAUUGUAAUAAAGGGCCAGUGGAACAACUUCUUUAAUCCCAAGGUCGGCUUUAGUCUCAACUCAACUACUAUCCACCAAAUACUUCUGCAACUUUCACUCCAUGGCUAUGGUCCUUCUCCCACUUGGGCUUUCUACAAAUGGGUCGAAUCAAUACCCAAAUCAAAUUACAAGCAUUCCUUGCAGUGCUCAUGGACUAUGAUUAACAUUCUAACAAGGCACAGACAGUUCAAAUCUGCACAAGAACUGCUUGGAAAAGUUGCCCAGAGAGAUUUCUUGUCUUCACCUUCAGUUUUGAAUGCCUUGGUCAGCAGCACCCAUGGUGACUCAGAUGCAAAUUCUCAUGUAUUUAGUUGGCUUGUGAUAGUUUACGCGAAUAUGAAGAUGACCCAAGAUGCAAUUCAGGUUUUCGACCAUAUGAGGUUACAUGGGCUUAAGCCACAUUUGCCAGCCUGCACUGUGCUUCUGAAUUCUCUGGUCAAGGAUAAAUUAACUAAUUUGGUUUGGAAGGUUUACAAGAAGAUGAUUCGACUUGGAAUUGUUCCAAAUAUUCACAUAUACAAUGUGCUGAUUCACGCUUGUUGCAAUUCAGGAGAUGUAGAGAAGGCAGAGAGUUUAGUGAGUGAGAUGGAGUCAAAGUGUAUUUUUCCUGAUCUUUUCACUUAUAACACGUUGAUAUCAUUGUAUUGCAAAAGGAGCAUGCACUAUGAAGCUUUGUCUGUUCAACAUAGAAUGGAGAGCGCAGGUGUUAGUCCUGAUAUUGUAACUUAUAACUCACUUAUUUAUGGAUUUUGUAGAGAAAGUAGGAUGAGAGAAGCUGUGAGGCUUUUCCGAGAAAUCAAAGGUGCUGCCCCUAAUCAUAUAACGUACACCACUUUAGUAGAUGGAUAUUGUAGAGAGAAUGAUGUUGAAGAAAGUUUAAGAUUGCUUGAGGUGAUGAAGGCCAAAGGAUUAUACCCUGGAGUAGUUGCUUAUAAUUCGAUUCUUCGCAUGCUGUGUAAGCAAGGCAAGAUGAGGGGUGCAAAUAAACUUUUGGUUGAAAUGAAUGAAAGAAAAGUUGAACCAGACAAUGUUACAUGUAAUACUUUAAUUAAUGCUUAUUGCAAGAUAGGAGAUAUGAAGUCUGCAAUGAAGGUGAAGGAGAAGAUGUUGGAUGCUGGACUAAAGCUAGAUCAGUUCACAUACAAAGCGCUGAUUCACGGAUUCUGCAAGAUGCAGGAUAUGGAGAAUGCUAAAGAACUCUUGUUCUCAAUGCUCGAUGCCGGAUUCUCCCCUAGUUAUUGCACCUAUUCAUGGAUUGUAGAUGGUUUCUGUAAUAAAGAUAAUGAAGAUGCCAUUGCAAAACUCCCAGAGGAAUUCGCAAGAAGAGGUCUAUGUGUUGAUCUUUCUUUAUACAGAGCUUUAAUUAGAAGGUUAUGUAAAAGGGAAAGGCUUAAUUGUGCUGAAAAGUUAUACAGUUCUAUGCAAGGGCAAAAAGUUUCAGGAGACAGUGUCAUAUACACCACUCUAGCUUAUGCCAACAUGAAAGCUGAGAAGUCUAGUGCUGCUAUGGUGUUGUUAGAUGAAAUGUAUAAGAGAAGGUUGAUGAUAAAUCGCAACCUUUAUAGAAGUAUGAACGAUUCUUAUGCUAGUGACAAUCAAAUCCUACAUAUCUUCUGGGACCAUUUGGUUGAGAGAGGCCUUUUCUCAAAAACUCUUUUCAAGGAAAUGCAUCUCACAUAGGAAAUUUUACCUAUGGAUUUGUUCAA